AUGAGUGGUGCCGACACUCGAAUUGAAUUUUCGAAGGGGUCUGGAAGUGUUGAGGUGUCCCAGAACUACGGUAUAUAAGCUGGUGUCCAUCCAGGGCAUGGGAUGGUUAAGGCCCCGUCUGAUUUCGUCUCGGGCUUCCCAGUUCUCAUUAUCGGUACGGUAUGUCUCUUCUAGAUCCUUAUCACCAGGCCACCAUUGCAGCCAGCGCUGCCUUUCUCACCCAGCAAUUGCUCUCCCCCAUUCCCGAAGUCUCAACAACGAAGUCGAUCCUCUUCUAUACUAUCGCGAACGGCCUCUUAGCUCUUGCACUGAAGAGAGCGGGGAUUGAUGUGUUUCUGCACUUCCUUGCACGCAUAUCCUUGAUCAACAUUAGCUAUCUCACAAGCUUGACAUUUUUCACCAUCGUACACCGUCUGUACUUCCACCCUCUCAGAAACUUCCCGGGCAGUAAAAUUGCGCGCUUAUCGAAGCUCUAUGAAGCCUGGCUCAAUUACAAUGGCAGGAAUGGCUUGGUAGUGCGGGACUUGUGUCGGAAACAUGGAGACUUUGUACGAACCGGACCCAAUGAACUUGCUAUUAGCAAUGUCGAGGCGGUAGAGAUUAUCUGGGGGAGGACUCGGCCAACAGCCAGGGGUCCUUUCUACGAAUUUGCAAACUUUGUAGGAGAAAGGCAUUUGGUUAGCCAGAGAGAUAAAGCCGUACAUGCUGCAUGGAGACGCAUUUGGUUUGCGCCGGGCUCUUGAAGUUUUGAGGAGCUUUUCACUGAUUUUGGUUAAUAUGUAGGGACAGGGGUUUCACCAGUCAGACAGUUGCCAGCUACAGCCCCCGGGUGAAAUAUCAUGUCGAUAAGAUGAUUUCCAUUCUCGAAAGGCUCAACGGGGAAGAGACUAACUCUGUGGAUAUCUAUGACAAUAUGACUUUUGAUAUGUAAGUUCCUGGCCACCAUGAUUACUGUAUGAUGCUUUGGACGGACACCGCGCUGACAGCUGGGCAGCAUGGCAGAUCUUGGGUUUGGCCAGAAACCGGAAGAAUCGAUGCAGAGCGGAGCUGGCGAUCCCUCGUAUAUGAGGUUUUUGCAUGGCUGGAUGCGCGCUUCCACUGUGAGAUUUAAAUCUCUGUGCCCUAAAAGAAAGAUUGUAGGAAUAGUGUUUUGACUAGUUCCGUUAGGUCCUAACUUCAUUAAGGAAUCUAUGUUGGCUUCCCAAUCUACGAGCUCCCUGCUCCAUCUGACAGAGUAUAACAGGUGAAAUCGGGGCCUAUAUUCCGCAGGACGCUGAAAGCAAAGAGUUCGACAAGAUGGGAGAGAAGAUGCUCGGAGCCCGGCAGAAAAUGGGAAAAUCCCGUCAGGACAUAUUCACUCACCUCCUCGACCAAGACAAUGAAAGCGGCGUGAACUUCACUCAGACCCAACUUCUGGUAAACACCCAGCUGUUGAUGGUAGCAGGCACAGGUUUGUCCACGCCUAGUUCCCAAGCCACCACAUCCAUGAGGCCAAACCUACUAAAACGUCCGCUAGACACGACAUCCGUAACUCUGACAUGUUUGUUCAGGCUCCUUUCCAUGCACGCGGAGAAGCAGCAAAAACUAUACAAGGAAAUUAUGGAAACCUUCCCCAACGGCGAAACCCCUACAUGCGCAAACACAGCAGCCCUUCCAUUCCUUAAUGGCGCAGUGCAAGAAUCCCUGCGCAUGUGGCCGGCUGCUCUGCCAUCGGGCCCUCAAGCUACUACUCCACCAAGCGGGUAUACAAUUGCAGGCACAUUUGUUCCCGGAAACGUGGAGGUUCGAAUUCCCCCCAUGACUAUCAUGUCUGGUUGGUCCGCCCUCCCUCCCCUCCUCCUUCCCUUCCUCCUUCCUUCCAUGCAAUCGAGGGGAUUCUAGGCCUAACGAACAACCAGACGCAAGAUACUUUCCCCAACCCGAUGAAUUCCUUCCAGAAAGAUGGACAUCCGAGAUGCCGGAGCUAGUUAAAGAUAAAAGAGCUUUUAUCGUUUUUGGAUUGUAUGCUAUCCCCACCUUUCACAUGCCCCAAUACCUAAUGAGAGGCGCAAUAGUGGAGCACAUUCGUGUAUCGGCCGCCCUCUCGCAAUGAACGAGAUGCGAACCACCGUGGCGAGGGUUAUCCAGAGGUUCGAAGUCCAACUCGGUGAGUCUUACGAUGAUAGAGUGUUUAGGGACGGGUGGAGGGAUUACUCCACGGUAAAGUUGGGGCCUUGUCCCCUCAAGUUUGUGCCUAGGAAGAUGUAAGCUAGAGACGGAGAUGUUUCCUUUUAUUGGGUAGGAAUAACUUUAUGAGGCAUGACGUUUGAGAGAAAUUAUUCUCUUCUAUAUCCCUGUACUCUACCAUUGAAAGUCAAGAACCGAAUGGGAG